UUCUAGAUCUCUCACCAUCUCUUCAUCACUCCACUCGAAUCGAGCACAAGCACUCGAGAAACGCCACAGUGUGUCUCGCGUGAAGCGUUACGAAAUCAUGUCGAAGUCCAUCAUCACCCCUCCGGAUUCUCCCGCCAGGACAGACUCACAUCCGCACCGGAUUCUUGUAGUUGGUGGCUCGUAUGCUGGCGUUUCCGGCUUGGUCAAUCUCCUCCACCUAAUCGAUGGCAAGCCAAACCGCCCAUCUCCCACGUCGACACUACCAGAUCUCAAAGGAUUGAAGUCCAGAAAAGGCGUACAGGUCACAUUGUUGGAUCGCAGGGACGGCUUCUUCCACACAGUCGGUGCACCACUUGCUCACGUUUCUCCCUCCCACGUACGCUCCUCGUGGCGCACAUACCGCUCAAUUCGUGCCCUCCGCCACCCGAAUUUCACUUUCGUCCAGGGUUACCUCAAGUUCCUCGACCCUGAAUCGCUCCGCGCCACAUACCUCACGCCCUCAGGCGACGAGACAUGCAUCGAGUACGACUAUCUCCUCCUCUGUACCGGCUUGAAGCGCGACUGGCCCAUCAUUCCCCGCGCAGCAGACUUUCACAGCUAUGUCGCAGACGCAGAGCGGGAGAUCAAGAAGAUCCAAGAUGCGAAAGCCGAUGCGACAGGCCGCAGAAUUGUCGUCAUCGUUGGCGGCGGCGCCGUGGGUAUUGAGUUUGCCGCUGAAAUCAAAUUAUGCCAUCCGCACGUCCACGUGACACUGGUGCAUUCCCGGCAUGAACUCCUAUCCAGCGAAGACAUGCCCGCUGCUUUCAAGCAGGAGAGUUUGCGCGUGCUUAGACAUGAGGGUGUCGAUGUCGUGCUCGGGCAGAGAGCAUGCAUUACGCAUGGCGAGGGCACAUCGCACAUCGUCACCCUGAGCGACGGCACCGCCAUCCAUGCCGGCCACGUUAUAAACGCAACUGGCAAGACUCUCCCAUCGUCUGCCUUCCUCCCCGCACAUAUCCUCGACGAGCACGGCUUUGUCAAAGCAGAAGAGACUCUCUCCUUUCCACCUUCAUCGCCGCACCACGCCCGCCACUAUGCCGCCGGCGACAUCUGCGCCUGGUCAGGCGUCAAGCGUGCCGGCACCGCUCUCGUUAUGGCCCACGUUGCCGCCACGAAUAUCAUGCGCGAAAUCCUCCUUUCUGAAAAACUAUGUUACCCUUCCAACUCCCACAUUCCCAUCGACGAACUCUCCCUACACGAUACUGCACCUGCCACGCCGCCGUCUGCACGAUCGUCACUGGAUGGCGACAAUAGCUCAAAUCAUGAAGACACAGCUAUGAACAAAAACAAACCAAGCCAAACAAAGUCAGCGGACGACGAACCAUUCGGUCCUGCGGCGCGCUUCCCCGCUGUUCCGCCGAUGAUGGGCCUCGCAGUGGGCAGGCAGGCGGUCAGUUGGAAUCCGUAUGCGGCAGAAACGAGGAGUGGUGUCGAGGUGCGUGAGAUGCUGUUUGGUGAGGAUUUAGGGUGGAGGGCGACGUUGAAAUGCUUGGGGCUUGAUGAGGAGCUGGAGGUUUAAAGGGUGCUGUCUAGUCUUCUUUUGAUGCUUGACAUUUAGUAUAUUCGUAUAUACAUAUAUAUCUACCUCAUAAAAUGUACUCGGGACAUACCAUAAAAGUACGAGUGUAUUGUGAGUCGGAUACACGAAAAAUACUGGCUAUGCUUAUUCUUGUUAAGUCUACACUGCACACGAAGAUCGUUUUUAAACACGGUUCAUCUCCCCUACAGCUUCGCACUCGUUACCA